UCACAGUGUGCAGAUAUUACAGUUGCACAAUGGCAGACGUGCUUGAAUUUUGUGUGAAAUGGAGUGGCAAAGAAUAUAUGAUUACUGCAUUGACAGCGCAACAAACAGUCUCAGAUAUGAAGAUAAUGAUACACAAGGAAACAGGGGUACUUCCAGAACGUCAGAAACUCCUCGGGUUGAAGUUUAAAGGGAAAGUAGCUGAUGACUCAGUUGUCCUUGGCGAUCUUAAACUUAAACCAGGAACCAAAAUCAUGAUGAUGGGUACUCGAGAAGAGGAAAUAACUAAGAUUGUUGAGCCUCCACCAGACUUACCCGAGGUUGUAAAUGAUUUUGAUAUUGAAGAAGAUGAAAUUGCUAUAGAAAAUAGAGAGGAAUUCUUACAGAAGAUAGAAAAAAGAGUAAAAGACUAUAAAAUAGACAUUAUUACUGAACCAAGAGAUGGAAAGAAACUUCUUGUUCUUGAUAUAGACUACACAUUAUUUGAUCACAGAUCUGUGGCAGAGACUGCUAACGAGUUGAUUCGACCAUUCCUGCAUGAGUUUCUCACAUCGGCAUAUGAUGACUAUGAUAUCGUUAUUUGGUCUGCUACAGGUAUGAAAUGGAUUGAAGUAAAGAUGAAAGAGCUAGGGGUGACUUCACAUACAGAAUAUAAAAUCUGUUUCAUGAUUGACAGUGGGGCUAUGAUAAGUGUUCAUUCACCAAAAUAUGGAGUUAUUGAUGUAAAGCCUCUAGGUGUUAUAUGGGGAAAAUAUCCACAAUGGGGUCCACACAAUACUAUCAUGUUUGAUGACAUCAGAAGAAAUUUCAUCAUGAAUCCACAAACUGGUUUGAAGAUUCGUCCAUUUAGACAAGCUCAUUUUAACAGAGAGAAAGAUAGAGAAUUGUUAAAACUGGCAAAAUACCUGAAAGAUAUAGCUGCCUUAGAUAAUUUUACAGUGCUCAAUCAUAGAAAAUGGGAAAAAUAUAGACCAAAGAGAAAGCAUGCAGACUCGAAUAUAUCAGAGGGCGAGGUCUCUUCAAAAGGUGUGGACAAAGGUUCUGGUGACCCAUCAAAAAGUUGAUGCUACAAAAAAGACAAGCUAGGGCCAGUCACUGUCGAGUUGUUCAUGUAAUUUUCUGCCAUUCAUGAAUUUAGAGGAAGCUUUUUCUGCUGCUUCAAGUGAAUGGAGAAAAGUUGACAACUUGUGGCGUGUACAUGUGAAGCGAUGUGAAAUGUAACACGUUUUCACUCUGGAUUUAAAUAAGAUUUAGUGGUGUGCCACCAAAUCCUGUGUUUGAAUCAAUAUUUCCCAUGGAAAUAUUUAGCUGAAGAUAUCAUAAUGACCACUUCAUCAUUGAUUUUGGUUCAUUAUGAAACAUGCAGAAAUAUACAGGGAAAUGAAGUGUGCCAGUGAAAACCCAAAUGGACAUGACAAUUUUGAAUGCAUGUUUUUGCUUUAAAGGAACUCAGCUGAGGUACAUAAAAAUUGAAUUUCUUACACAGAUGAGCUGGGACUCUUAAAGGAGAAAGAUAAAAAAAACAUAGAUAAGAAUGAUGUUCAGAAAUUAAUUGAAAAUCAUAGUUUUGUGUUAUUCUGAGUCCGUUUUGAGGGAAAAGCGUUGCAACACUUUUCAGUUUUGGGUCAUUUUUUUCACAAUUAGAAUAAUCACUCUGUGCAAAUGAUCUGAAAUUUUGAACACAAGAACAUUUAUUCCGAAAAAAUAUUUCUAGUCCUGUCCUUUCAUAUCCUGCAAAAACCUCAGUGGAGUCCCUUUAAUUUGUUGUAAAACCAGUAGUCAUAGAACCUUUAUUUUAUUUCACCAAAGUGAAAUGGUACAAAACCAAGACCCCUAAUCUCAGAAUCUCUAACUUUAUCUGUUAUAUGAAUAUCUAACUUUAUCUGUUAUAUGUGUUUCCUUUUUUAGUGAAAUAUCAUUUAUUAAAGAAAAUUAAUGUGAAUAUCCCUGUAGUAGUGUAAGCUAUGUUUUUGAGAAGUUGUAUUAAAAAAUUGUGUAUAAAGUUAGGAAUUUAGCGCAAACAAAACUUCAUCAUCAUGUUACCUUGUCUCAGAUUGAAUGUUGUCAAUUAAGUGAUAUUGUUUGUUUAUUUAUGAUAAUAUUAUACAAUGUACUAUUAUUGCAUGAUGAUGAGGUUAAUAUCCAAGUCUAUUGACCUGAUUAUUGUGAUAGUCACCAAGGCUGAAGACGGAGGUGAGUAUCCCAUUAGCCAGGUCGGUAGACUUGGAUAUUGACUGAAAUCAUCAUAAAUGACUGUUUUAUUAUUUGACCAGAAUAAAAUUAUUCAUUUUGUAAA